GAAUCUUCAGAAGAGACCCCCCAAAUGGUCUUACUGAAACUGUUAGCAGGGUCCACCCCGGGGAAUACCCCGAAGGCCACAGAGGUCAAAGAGCCCUGUAUUCCAAAAGAUUUAAAAAGGUCAUUCCAGACCAGUCUAAAGAGUACAGUAAUGGAGGACAGGCAGGAGGUGAUGCUCCAUGACCAUGAAAGGAAGGAGGAAAGAAUUAUGCAGUACUACUGGGAGGACAAACUGGAAAGGCUUCUCCAGGAACUGAACCAGUUGGCUUCAGACAACCAACAGAAGAAAAGUGUAACAGAUCUACAUGCAUUCAGUUCCAAAAAGAUGAUGCCUGAGGGAAAGACACCUUCGUCUGAUGGACAGAGCCAGUGUCCAGCUUCAUCUGAUAGUCAAAGCUGGACUUCAGAUUCCUUUGACGAAAACAGCAUGGCUCUCUCCUACAUCCCAGAAAAUGAAGAGCUCCUUGGCGGGUUGCCUAAUUUUGGUAACAACUGCUACAUUAAUGCGAGUCUGCAGUGUCUGUUCACAGCUGAAGCUUUCUGUGAACAGCUCUGCAACCUGCUGGACAAUUCUAACCAGAACAUAGAGGACACAUUCAUCAGGUGUUUUGCGGAAUUGUCGAGGAUAAGAAAGGGAUCAGAGCCUCGAUAUGACACGGAGUCUAUUCUCGAGGCCCUCAUUGAAUCAGCUGCUGAAAUCAACCCAGAAUUCACCAUCGACAACCAGAAUGAUGCCCAUGAAUUCCUCUGCCACUGUCUGACCCAAAUGGAGGAGGCUGGACGAUGGCAGGGUUGGCAAGAGGAUGUUCACCCUAGAUGUCCUAUCAAGAACAACUUCAUGUUCCAGAUGAGGAAUAUUAUAACAUGCUCCAGCUGUGGAUCCCAGCAGAAAAACAAAGUGGACGUGUUUAAUCACAUCUCUCUGCCUUUGGUGUACAACUCGGUGGACCAGUGCCUCUAUGACGCAGUUAAUAAAGCAUCAGAGAUCGAGAGCAAGUGCACAAUGUGUGGAGGAGAAUAUGCCAGCUCCAGGUGGACGUUCCACACUCUGCCCAGGUUUCUGGUUAUGCAGCUGAACAGGUUCACGUUGACUAAAAAUUACAGAGUGGUCAAGCUGAACACUCCGAUGGACAUCCAACCUGAGCUGCAGAUAGGAGCCUGCCCUCCUCAAUCCCACACGCCCGGAACAGGGUGGAUCAACCUCCACGUAUCGGCUGAUCAGUGUCCUGAGCCAUGUUGGAUCCUCAGCUCAAUACGGCCAUUAUCUGAGUGAUUGUUACAGUCGCAGUGAUCAACAGUGGAAAACCUACAACGACGAGUGGGUCACUCCGAUCACUGAGGAGGACGUCUUAAAGAAGAGGUCGUCUGUCGCCUAUGUGCUCCUCUACGAGAGAGUGAGCACUGGCUGAAGUCAGAAACCUGGAGCAGAUGGGAGACUACAGAGCAUUUCCUUAAUAAUCACAAUAAUAGAACAAAAAAUUCCUGCAGAUACAGGCCAUGAGUCUUUGUUAAUGUUCACAUAAAGUCUUGUUUACAUCACAGAUCACAAUGGGGCUGGUGGUAUGUAUAUAUAUGUAAAAUAAAUGCAGUCAUAAGAUUGUGUGCUACAAGUAAAACUCUGACAUUGUUUACGGCUGGUGAAGAGAAUAUCACUGAGCUGAAACAUCAGGCUCUUAAUCUGGACUAUAAUCCAUUUUUAACAACAUGAAGAACAAAGGCCAGACUGAGGUCCAGU